AUGCAAGCCAAGAAGAUGAUGGAAUGUACACAUGUGAACUUGAAUUUGUUUACCUUGGCAGGAAGUAUAAAGUAACAAAGACAACAGAAUUGAAAAUAAGUCCAGUUAAAGUGAUAUAUCCAGACUUGAUAAGUCCGAAAAAUAAUACAAUUGAAGCAAGGCUUGGCUCAGAGCUGAAAGUGACCUGUGAAGCUUAUUUGGGAUCUGGUAGACUGCAAUUUCCUAAGCUUUUCUGGCGAGUGAAUACAAUGAAGAUUCCCACAGAUGAAUCCAGAAUUAAACAAGGGCAUACAUUCCGUAAAGAAGGAACUGGUCAUGAGGUAGUUCUGAUGAGAACCCUGUUUAUUUCCAAGAUCACUGAAGAAGAUUUUCAAACAAAAUUUGAUUGCUUUGCAAGCAAUCUACAAGGAAAGAGAGGGGCUUUUGUAAAAAUUUCACGCCAAUCACCAGAUUGGAUGUCUGAAGCAAUUAAAAUCUUAAUUCCACUGAUAUUUGGAUUUCUAGCCUGUGCAACAGUAUAUGUUAUUUUCAAGGUUGAUAUUGUCCUUUGGUACAGAGAUUCAUUUGAAUCCCAUAAAGUCAUUAAUGAUGGUAAGAAGUUUGACGCAUAUGUAAUCUAUCCCAGAUCUGAGAGCAAAGGUCAGAAAGAAAACUAUAAAGCAAAGUACUUUGCUGUUCACAUUUUACCAAAAGUACUUGAAGAAAAAUAUGGAUACAAACUGUUUAUUUGUGGCAGAGAUGAUCUCCCUGGCCAGGCUGCAACUGAAGUGAUUGAAAAUAAUAUACGGAGCAGCAGGAGACUGAUUAUCAUUUUGACUCAAAUGACUUCAGCUGACGACCAGGCAUACUCUGGAUUUGAACGCCAAAUUGGAUUAUAUAAGGCUUUAAUUGAGAAUGAAAUUGAAGUAAUUCUAAUUGAGUUUGAGAAAUUUGAAUGCUUGAGUGGCUUUCCAGAAUCCAUAAGACACCUCAUUCAAAGAAAUGGUACCAUUAAAUGGAAAUCAGAUGAAACAAAUAAACUUGAUGCUGUUUGCUUGAGAUUUUGGAAGCAAGUGAGAUACAAAAUGCCAGCAAGAAGGAAGACACUGGCUGGAUCUGUUUGAUUCUACAAGGCACAAAAUGAAGGAAAAACACAGUUUGUGUUUUAUUCUUAGUUUUAUGCCCUACUAAUUGAACUGAUAUGGACUUCAGUGCUUACAACUUCUAAUGUUCCCAAUUUCCAACAGUGUUACAUUAACUUUGGAGAUAGGUUUAUGCAUUUUUUGCAGUUUUUAAACAGUCCUUCUCUACAUUGUUAUGAUGACAUAUGGAAAGGUUUUUUUUGUCAGUUGGAUUUGAAUGGGGAUCCUUACCCAUCAGAGCCAUUUGUUGGAAAAAGACUUGCACCUGUCCUGUUAUUUUCUAGUCUGGUGACAUUAAUGAUUCCAGAUCUGUGGACUUUGUGUGCAGUGUCCCAUAUAUUUGUAGCAAGGACAUG